AAAUUUAUGCGACCGAGAGUAAAGUCAGGAAUCAACUUCGCUUACUAGCAGGUCUCAAGCCUUGUGCUGGCAAUGGGGGACAUGAAGACCCCAGACUUUGAUGAUUUGCUGGCAGCGUUUGACAUUCCUGAUAUCGAUGCCAAAGAGGCCAUUCAGUCAAGUCCAGAGGAGGAACAGGAUGAGGUGGGGUCUAAUGCAGAUGAGAGAGAGAGUGGGUCUCCUUCACACUAUCCUGGCCCUCCUGCCUCGCAAAAUGACCCUCCUGUGGUCAGUGUUAUAGUAAAGAACACCGUUCGGUCUGACUCUUCUGAAGAGGAGGACAAGUUGGUCAGGGAUAAAACAGACAAUCCCUCAAACAGUGGCAUAAACUCUCUGGGUCAGGUCAAAGUGGGAGUCCACACCUCACAGUUUGGUCCCAAAAUGUCUGCUGGUGCGCCUGUGGAGCCCCAGAUCGCCAAUGGAUUUGAGGGAUCCAUCCCCAGAGAUGAGGGACAGUCCAACACAGAGCCGUGGCCCCCUCAUUCACCAUUGAGGUCCACACUGAGCACCGAUGAGGGUGAAAGCGAUAAAGGAGCUGAGGCAGGAUCUGUCCAGCACACGACUGAUGUCAUGAACAGUUUGAAGCCCCUCCUCUACCUCCAGUCUUCAACUAGUGCUGAUCCCAACUCCUCAUCUCCUCCCUCCUUGCACUCUGCCAGCCCUCACCUUCCUCCUCACUCCCCUCAGAAGGAGGAAACUUGCCUCAGUAAUCCGUCAUCCCCACCACAAAACGGGAGUAUUAAGGUCGGAAUUAAACGUGUUAUGCACUCAGAUGAAGAUGACUCAGAGCCAGACCUAGGAAGUCCCCUGGUGAUCCAGGAGAGCCCAGAAUCUGAAAUGUCCGCCCCUCCCAAAUUUAAACACAAAGCAAAACUACGGCCUAAACUGCUCAGGUCUCCUGAAACCACAUCUUGUCUUGACUCUCAUCCUCCUCGUAUGCCUUCUCUUUCACCUGCAAAACCUGAACCCAACCUUGAGCAAGAGAGGCGACCUACCACCCCCUGUUCUCCCUCCACAGCUCUUCAACCACAGAGCCCCCAGGACUGCCUUCCCACUCUCAGCAAGGGCUCUGCAUCAGUGCCAGAGGAAAAAUACCCAGAGCAUGUGAUUGAUGAGAGGGACUCGCCUGAAAGCCCACCGCCCAGUGAGACAGGUCUUGUGGCCCCUAAGAGAAGCAGCAGCCCUGAUUCAGCCCAAACAGCAGAGAACCACAAGGAGGAGCUCAUGGAAAUUGAAUCCAAAGAAGAGAACAAGCCAGGUGACACUGAGAAGCUAAAUGAAAAGGUGGCUGCAGAUGGAGACAAUUUAGACGAGGAGAGCUGUGAUGGUGGCGCUGAGGAUCCUGUGCCUGCUAGUGCUGCAGAGACGGUUUCAUCUCCACUGCAUCCACUCAAAGUUAAAAUCAAAAUGCCUACAGGCAGCAUCACGAGGACUGUGUCUGGUGUUGCACCUAAAAAAGGUGGUAGAGCCACUACCAAGGGAGCAAACAGUUCACCAGAACGACCUAACACGAGAUCCAAGAGGGAGUUCUCCCAGCAGUCUCAGUCACCUGCAGUGGUGACACUCCAGGAUGUGUGUGCUGUAACACUGGAACGUGCCAGCGCAGUCAAAGACAAAACCACAGUGAACACAAAGCCUAAAGUUUCCCCGACAGCUGUUAGCAUCACCAAAACUGCAGCCCUGCCCUCCAUCUCUGUCUCCACUGCCAGAGUCAGCUCUGGUGGGGCCAACCCUCGCGGCCUGGGUCAGAAAACUGCGAACAGCGGGGUGACACUUUCUGCACCUUCACCUCUGCUAACGUCUCAAGGCAGCAGCAGACCAGCCUCAAUUGUGAACAGCACUGGGGCGAUCAUAUCCAAGACUCAGACCAACCUGGUGGAAGCUUUUAACAAGAUCCUCAACAACAAGAACCUGCUGCCCAGUUAUAAACCAGACCUGAGCUUACCUCUCCCUGCAGAGUGGGGCCUCCCUCUACCUGCACAGGGUUACCGCUGUUUGGAGUGUGGCGACGCCUUCGCCCUGGAGCAGAGCCUGGUGCGUCACUACGCUCGGCGCUCGCUGAGGAUUGAGGUGACCUGUAAUCACUGCGCCAAGCGGUUAGCCUUCUACAACAAGUGCAGCCUGCUUUUACACGCCAGAGAGCACAAGGAGAGAGGCCUGAUCAUGCAGUGUUCACACCUGGUCAUGAAACCUGUGCCUGUGGAGCAGAUGAUUGCCCAGCAGGAACCCACGGCGACUGCAGUGUCAUCAUCCCUCUUAGGCCAGGCCACCACAAACCCAACACCCCAGCCACAUCAGGCAGCAUCCAAGAAGAAAGUGGAGGCAGCGCAGUACGUCAGUAAUAAAUGUCCUGAGUGUCAGGCUCAGUUUGGCAGCAAAGAAGAGGUGGCUGAACACUUCCAAGAAAUGAAACCAGCACAAACCGCUUCAUGCACAGACUGCUCUCCUCCCAUGCUCCUGCCCAACAGCUGCAGUGCAGCAGCUCAUCAGCGCAUCCAUCAAGGCUGCCCACCACACGUCUGCCCGGAGUGUGGAUGCACGACCAAGCAGCCUCUAUUUCAAUCACACCUUGAUGAGACCUGUUUACACUUCGCUCGGCGCAUUGGAUACAGAUGUUCCAGUUGUCUGGUGGUGUUUGGAGGGCUUAACUCAGUGAAGUCUCACAUCCAGCAGGCUCAUUGUGACAUGUUUCACAAAUGCCCCAGCUGUCCAAUGGCUUUCAAAUCUGCUCCCAGCAUACAGAACCACAUCAGUGCCCAACACCCAACGCUCACUGAAGGACAGACCAUGUCAAUCUAUAAAUGUGUUAUGUGUGACACUGUUUUCACAAACAAGUCCCUGCUGCACGUCCACUUCGACACUCAUUUAACCAAUCAGAAGGUGCAUGUGUUUAAAUGCCCCGAGUGCACCAAGUUGUUUUCUCAGAGGAAUUCCCUCCUGGACCAUUUCAAGACCCAUAAAACUCCCACGUUAAAACAAGAGUUGCCUUCACCUCCAGCUGCGCCCUCUCGAUCACGGCCCUCAUUGAAGCUGGAGAGCUCAGACGGAGAGGAAUGGAUGGAUGAUGAUAAAGAAGAAAAAGUGAGGAAAGAAAGAGUGAAGACCCCCUCAGGGUGGAAGUGUGCGCCUUGCCAUGCACGCUUCACAGACCGGGAGGAGUACAUCGGCCAUAUGGCUGAACAACAUGGCAAGAAGCUGAAGAAGUUUCCUUGUAACAAAUGUGAGAGCUCCUUCACCACCACCUCCAGUAUGAGACGUCACAUCAGAGACAAACACAAAGUCAUGAAUCGCUGCUUUCGCUGCAAGUUUUGUACUGAGGGUAAGAAGACAUUCAGCAGCAGAGAGAUGCUGGAGAGACAUGUUCAGCUCAGACACAGCGUGGACCCAGCGGGCCAGGACACACUGAUGGGAGGAGAGGAUGAAGCCGACAGUUCCUCAGAGCAGGACAGCAGUCUGGGGGCUACCCGGAGACGGAGAGGAGCUAUGAAGAUGGAGCGGGACGAAGAGUCCACAGAUGGAAUGAGUCCAGUGAAGAAGUUGCGGUCCUCCUCCUCCUCCUCUGCUCCUGCCCCCUACUCCCACCCCGAGUCUGGGUUCCGCUGUGCUCCCUGUGGCUUUACCACAGAGGACCAGGCAUUGUUCCUGGAGCAUAUCAGCCAGCACCGACGAGGAGGGACAGAGGGCGGCAGCGGUCAGCAGUGUCUACAGUGUGGCGCCUGCUUCACUUCCAUCUCCUCCCUGUCACGCCAUCGCUUCAUCAUACACAAAAAGAAAGAUGCAUCCACUGACAACCAGCAAUCCCUCAGCGGGCUCCCAGCACCCUCCCCAGGUAACGGCAGGAAUCACGAUGAUAAGAGCUCUCUGGACGGUUCUGCACCUGCAUCGCCCUCUCUGUCCUCCGCAGCUCUGGGGAGGGAAGAGGACGGCACACUGGCCUGCAGGGUGUGCGGCAAACAGUUUGAAAAGGCAACGGAUCUGACGACGCACUUCAGAACUCACGGUAUGGCUUUUAUCAGCGCAAGGCACGCCGGAAAAGCUCCUUAAGAUGAGAAUGAAAUACAAGGGGAAGAGCAGAGUAGGUAGGUGAUGACAGAAUAUUUAAAAGUGCCUUAUUUACCACCGAAGUUCGGGUUUGCACACCUAUGCACUAAUUUAACCAAAGAACAGGCAGAACAGAGUUUCUAUGUAAAUAGAUCGUAAAACAAUCAAAUGUGAUUUUCACCGGUGGAGUUAAAGAUUAACCUUCUCCUUUUAAAACUCAGGAUUUAAUGCUGCAUUUCUGUGUUCAGGAAUGAUACUAACAAGACAGGAGCCACUUCCUGCUCAGUGAGUAGUCUGACUAGUUCAUGUCUGUGACCACGGUCGCAUAAUAAUGUGCCUGUAUAGAACUGUGAUCCUACUGUGAUUGAUUAUGACGGCUAGUUUUAUUGAAUGUUGUUAGACAGCGAUGGAUUGUGUCUGCCUUGAUUUCAAUAUCUUCAUCCUACUGAGGAGAUGUGCUUGAAUGCUAACCCAGGGGCCAGAUGCAGAAAACUGUAGAUUCAAGACUAACGUGUGUGUAUGCACAAAGGCAGAAACAUUUUCGUAAGAUUUAUAAAGCCACGUGUGAGCUUGAUUCUACUCUAUAAAUCUGGGCGCACAUGCACGAGCCUCAUUUCCUCACCCUCUGUUCAACAUCACUGGAUGUUCGAAACACCCAUAAACAUUCAUUUUAAUAUCGAUACAAGUGCCCGCUCCACCACUAGGGGUGGGAAUCACCAGAGGCCCCACGAUACGAUAUCACGAUACAUAUGUCAUGAUAAUUGCAAUGGUAAACAUGUUGCAAUAUGCUGAGUAUUGCGGUUACAUAUAUUGCGAUUUGUUCUCUUUUCUCAACAGUAAAUUAUGUCCCCAUGGGAAAACUUUGUCAACGUCAACAGUUUUAUCUAAGAUAAAGUUUUCAGUCUGUUCAUCUCACUUCAGUCAUUUUUA